AAAAUGGUCAUCAAAUUCUCGUCGAACACCACCAACCCGCCAACCAUGAUCUACAUGGGUGUGGAUAAGGUCGAAAAUGAGGAUUUGAUCAAGUACGGAUGGCCGGAAGACGUGUGGUUUCACGUGGACAAGCUCUCAUCAGCUCACGUCUAUCUCCGUUUGCACAGUGGAAUGACGAUCGACUCGAUUCCAGAAGCAUUGCUCAUCGACUGCUGCCAGCUCGUCAAACAAAACUCAAUCGAAGGCUGCAAGCUCAACAACGUGGCAAUUGUCUACACAAUGUGGUCAAAUCUUAAAAAAACGGGAGAUAUGGCUGUCGGACAGGUCGGAUUUCACAGUCAUAAGCAGGUAAAGCACACGGUUGUGCCGACGAAAAUCAACGAAAUUGUGAAUCGAUUGGAGAAGACUCGUCGCAAGGAUGAUAUUGAUUAUAAAGAAGAACGCGACGCCCGUGACGCCAAGGAACGCCAGAAGCUCAAAAAAUUGGAGCAAGAGCGAAAAGAUCGUGAGAAGAAGGAAAUGUUGGCUCAAAACGAGAAAAAACGGAUAGAAGGCUACGAAGACGUCGAUUGGGAUGCCGGAGCCACCACUCGAAACGAUGUGGAUCCCGGCAAUUUGUCCGAUGAUUUCAUGUGAUUUCGGAGAAUUUGCAUAUUUAUUUGGCCUAUUUUUUAUUGUUCGGUUUUUUUUAAUGUUUAAGUUGUGAAACAGGAAUGUGUCGUUUUUUAGAUUUUUCAAAAAAAUUUUUCUCGAUUUUUCGAAUUUUUAAAAAUUAAACAAAACGAAAACUUUUCGAUUUUCCAAAAAAAAAGAUUAAAUAUGAUUUUUCAUCUAAUUUUGCUUAUAUUGAUGAGAAAAAUUAUGAAAAUUACUUUUGAAAUGAAGAAAAUUCAAAAAUUUUCGAUUAUUUCAAAAAAAUCGAAAAACCGACACACUGUUGUAUUGAUUUGUGAUUUAAAUUCCAGCGUAAAAAUACAU